AUGCUCUUCGGCGGAUGGAAGGAGUCCUGCCCGCAGAUUGCGAAUGGGCAGGUAGAAGCCACUAAGAGUGAAGCAAGCAAAGAAGAAGUGAGUAAAGACGAAGUAAGCAAAGGCAAAGCAGGCGAAGGCGAAGGCCCAGCAAGCAAGGAUGAAGCAGGUGAGGGUAAACCUGGCGAAGUCGAAGUAAGCAAAGACAAAGCAAGCGAGGGCGAAUCAGCCGAAAGCAAAAAGGCAAACGACUGGAUCAUUGAGCUGCCAGAGGAUGGGCUCGAGGAGAUGAUUCUAAUGCUUGAAAUCAUUCAUGGCCACUUCGAUCGCGUACCGUUCAGCCUGAGCGUUCGCAGGCUUCAUGACCUUCUCGUACUCUGUAACAAAUACGAUGUGCUGUCCCUUCUGCGACCUUGGAGUUGGCACUGGCUGAGCGCGAUGCGCUCGACCCUGGACGAGCCGUAUGUGCUCUGGGUCGCUUGGGAAAUGGGCGACGUUUUGCUGUUCCGCGACAUGGUGGUCAGGAUAGCCGAGGGCGUGCCGAUUUCGGCUCUCAACAACCCAAAUGUAAUGGGGGUGCAGUAUGGAAAACAACGGAUGCACUGGACACCUCAAAGUGGCCAGAUCAAUGAGUUUCCGAUGGUUCCACUUGAUUGUCUCCAGAACACGAGCGCAGAUGAUCUUUCAGACCUCAUUUCUCUUACUCGUCUCAUGUUGAUCGAAGCUGCCGUCAAGCCUUACCGCACUAUUCUAUCACAGAUGAAGAGCAAAACUCACUCCUCGAACCAGAAUGCAAUCAAAAAUAAUUGCGUAAAGAACUGCAUUCCGAGCGGCGUCGGUUCUUUGGUCCUGGCGGGGACCCCCGGCUACCUUUCAACUUCACAGGGCACUUGAAGCUGAUUGCGGACCAUCUCGCUGGAAUCAAGAUUACUAUUCCGCAAGGAUGUGGGAACUGUCUCAAGAUGUUCUCAGAUGAGCUGACAAAUGCACGCAGUGUGAUGACAGCAGCCAUCAAGUGCAUAGCUCCCCUCUCAAAGGACCAGCAAGCGCAUCUCGAAAAACGGGCCUUUCAACUUGGAUUGAGAGUAGAAAACGUCGUGGAUCAGGGCGCUAUGCACAUAUGGUACGGAUCUAACAACUGAGUCGUUUAGUGUCCUGAUAUUUCUAUGUUCAUAGGUACUUGGAGGAAGGAAGGUAUCACAUGUAAUUACACGUUUCUGUUUCCACAC